CCGAUAUCCAAGGUCGCUAUGCUGUACGUAUCGCCAUAUGAACUUCCUCUCAACCGAGGAUCAGAAAUGUCGUAUCAUAUUAAUCCACUCGCCAUCCUAGCUUGCUUGUCCCCAAGCGAGAAAUAGUAGAAAACCUGGUAAGAACAAGUGAACUGUUAUUGAAGCCAUAAUUGAUCACGAGCCACAUUACAGCCAGAUCGAGGCACUAGGCACCUUAUCGACAACGAGCCAUGGCUGCUAGACCCUUUGUGAGGCAGACCCCCAGGGAAGCCUCAACCCCAGUGAAAUCAAACAAACCUAUACCAAAGAACAAGCUUGAAGUACGCGGGAAGAGGAUUCGAGAUUUCGUCUUCUUACAUGACAAUAUCCACGUUAUGGGCGGUUUCGAGGACGGCACGAUACAUAAGUGGGACUGCAACACAGGACUCGCUGUUGGAAAGCCAUUAAGAAGCGAGGGUGGAAGGAUGUAUGCGCUGGCUCUUUCACCGGAUGGGAAGAUGAUUGCGUGCGGGAGGGCAGAUGGAAGCGUUCAACAGUUGAAUACCCAUGGAAAGAUCAUGCUUCAAGGUGUCUGGAGGGGUCAUAGGAACUGGGUGCGGUCGCUCUCGUGGUCUCCCAGCGGAGGUCAUAUCGCCAGCGGAUCCUUCGAUGGAGAAAUCCUGAUUCGAAAAGUAGAAAGUGGGGAUGUAGAGGUGGGCCCAAUCCAGACGAAGCAGAUCGGUGUGUCUGCACUUGCAUAUUCACCUUCGGGAGAGAAGAUCGCAUCAGGCGGGUACAACGCUACAAUCUGCAUCUGGAACACGAAGACUGGCCAGCUUACCGUCGGGCCCAUUAAAAACCUGUGGAGCUCUGUGAUGUCGGUUGCGUGGUCGUCAGACAACACUAAACUUUAUUCCGCAUCCGACUUCUUUGCACGUAUUUUUGAUAGCGAAUCAGGUGCACUACUCCAUUCCUUGGAGCACGACCAUAUAUUGUUUUCUGUUACGCUUUCACCCAAAAACAAUCUCCUAGCAUGUGUGGGCAGUAAAGGUGUUGCACAACUAUGGGAUACAGAAUCCUAUCAGCCACUUGGAAAGCCAUUUCACGACCACCUAUCCCUUCGCCAUGUGGCAUUUUCUCGAGACGGGAACCAUCUAGCAUAUUGCGGAAUGGACGGGAAGGUUACUCUCUGGAUGGUGGAAGACAUGGUUCCUGAGCUUGAAGCACCCACACUAUCGCAACAAGAUCAUGGACAACUUGAAGCUACGCAGCAGCCUGAGGACACUCUGCCAGAGCUACAGCACAGAACUCAACCCCAGUCCCCAUCAUCUUCUUUCCUCGACGUUGAUGCUACAGGGGGUGAUGGCAUCAUCGAGGAGAUGCGCGAUGACCCAUACAAUUUUUUCCAGUUUUCUCAAACUUCUCUUCCUGCCACAACACCGAAUCCCCCUCAGCCUCCCAACCCGUCUCCAGCUCGACGCUUCUGGAAAAUGAUAUCUCAGUCUGUUCCAUUACGAGAAUGCACCAAGCACAAGCUCUCGACAUGGCGGGCUUGCUCAAAUACAUCCAUUGAGCCUGCAACCACAACACACCAUCAACAAACACCUGACGAGAAGUUGCGAGCAGAAGAAAAUGAUAAGGCCAGCAUCCAAGAUGCCGAUUGUCCCCCAAAUGCUCUGGGCUCCAACAAACUAGAAGCAGAUGAAGGCAAGCCACGAGGAAGGUGUCUUACCAGCACGCAAAGCUCACCUACAGAGAUUUGGAAAUGGUCGGUGCAUACUCGAAGGAAGGAUCCUACAUCCGUCAGCAUGGCUCCACAUCCAGAAGUCGUUGAGGUAUUUGCCGUGCGCGGGUUCCAGAAAUACAUGGCUUCGAUACUGAAACGCGAGACAAAGUCAUCGGCAAUAACGUGCAACACUCCUCUCGCUGUAGAUCACACGAGCGGGUCUUCGGUAACUCGACUUGCAAAUGCACCCCAACACAGAAUACCCCAGAAUUCCCGGCACUGGAAUUCCAGCUCAACUCCCAUAGGAUCUUCCAGAUGUCCUGUCGAUGUGGCUGCUUGUCGCGAUGAAAACAGAUACGGCAUUGUCCCUGAAUCUGACGCGGAAGCGGCUGCAGCCAUGCAACGCACGAAUGACCAUAUAGCCAACAGUUCAACGCUACCAGGUCAACCUGCAGUAGUGGCGCAGGUUUCUCAAGGACGGCCCAUACAAACACAAGCCUCGACAAGCGGGAUGGAAGAAAUUGUAGUAAGCUGCUGUGGAUUUAUCAUUAGUUGUCGUCGUUCCAAUUCGCAUCAGCCAUGAGUUCAUUUGCUGAGACGCUCUAUGUCAUUCGAUAACUUAUUUGUCUUUGUUCAUAUAAAUGUACGGUUUGUAGGACCAGGGGGUGGGGUGGUAUUGGAUAUGAUAAAUUUCCUAUUGCUCGUGGUAUUUACAGUAAAUUUAUCACUGCG